AUAGAUCCGAAAAUUUUCCCAAUAUACCUCAUCAACAGGGGGUGAAAAAAGGAAAAGAAAAAAAGAGGAAGAAGAAGAGAGAGGAAUUUAAUCGAAUUCGAAUAUUUUCGAGAUUUCACUUUUUGAUUUUCCACAAAAACUUAUCUCCUCUUCUUCCUCUUCACUAGAUUCCCAGAAGAAAGAAAAGGGGAAACGUUUUUGUUUCUGCUGUUUAUGUUUUUUUUUUUUUUCAGUUUUUUCAGUUUUGCUCUUCUCUGUCCUCGAUCAUUGUCUCAUUCUCUGCUCAGAAUCACACGCUUUUGUGUCUCUGGGCGAUUUUCUACUGGGUUUUUAUUUUGUUUUUCUGGGUUUGAGGGGGGUUUUCUCUGAUUCGUGCUUGAAAAUUCAGCAAAUUGUGUCUGGGUUUUGAUUUGUUUGUCAAGUAAAGUAAUCGGGUUUACGAAAUAUCUGUGCCACCCAUGCCAGAUAAUCGGCAGGUUCAGAGCAAUGCUGUGUCCAAUCAAUCUACUGAUAAUAUUGAAGAAGCAUUUUGGCGGAUAAAAAUUCAUGAUAAUCAAGAAGGUGGUGGUGGGGCUCAUUUGGGUCCAUACCCAGAUCGCCCUGGUGAACCUGACUGCUUGUAUUAUUUAAGGACUGGAUCAUGUGGCUAUGGAAGUAAUUGUCGGUUCAAUCAUCCUGCUUAUGCUGCACAGGGUGCUCAAUAUUAUAGAGAUGAACUGCCAGAAAGAGUUGGCCAACCUGACUGCGGGUAUUUUUUGAAGACAGGAACCUGCAAGUAUGGACCAACAUGUAAAUAUCACCACCCAAAGGACAGGAAUGGUGCUGGACCAGUCUCAUUCAACAUUUUAGGUCUUCCAAUGCGUCAGGAUGAAAGAUCAUGUCCUUAUUACAUGCGGACUGGAUCAUGUAAAUUUGGAGUUGCAUGCAAAUUCAAUCAUCCACAACCUGCAUCACUUGGAACUGGCAUACCAGUAACUGGACCUGCUACCUACGGAUCUGUUGGGCCAGCAAUUUUACCUUCAUCGGGUUUGCCUUAUGUUGGUGGUUUUCCAACAUGGUCAUUACCAAGGGCACCAUACAUAACUGGUCCGCGGUUACAGGGUCCACCUGUUUACAUGCCUGUUGUGGUUUCUCCUUCUCAGGGAAUUUUACCUACACAAGGCUGGAAUACUUAUUUGGGAAAUGCUAAUCCUUUAUCUUCUACCAACAUCAUUGGAGCCAGUUUAUACAAUUCCAAAAAUCAAGGUGACUCAAGUUCCAGCACACAGAUGCACAUGAUGCCAACAUUCAGUCCAAGUUUCCCUGAGAGACCUGAUCAGCCAGAAUGCCGGUAUUAUAUGAAUACUGGGACAUGCAAGUAUGGGUCUGAUUGCAAGUUCCAUCACCCAAAAGAAAGGAUUGCACAAUCGGCAAUGAGUUCCAUAGGUCCACUUGGGCUUCCAUCCAGGCCUGGACAAGCUGUGUGUACAAACUACAUUAUGUAUGGACUUUGCAAGUUUGGCCCAACCUGCAGAUUUGAUCAUCCUUUUGUGGGCUAUUCUUACAAUUAUGGGUUGAGCCUGCAUCCUCCCUCUGUUCUCGAUUCAUCUGUGUUAGCCUAUCCAAGGACACCUCCAACAGCUCAUUCAUCUGAAACUUCUUCCAUGUCGUCAAAGGUCCCUGAUUGGACUAGGAGUCCUGAUGGUAGCAACAAACAUCAGAAUUCAGAGGCAAAGAAGUCAAUUAGUCCACCAGAACGGGCUGAUUCACCACCAAGUUCCUUGCAGAGUUCUGCAGAACCAUCCCAUGAGCAGUCCGGUUAAACCACUCCUAUUUAAUGACUUUUAGUUUUUCUCUUGUUACCUGGUACCUUUUUGAGGAGAUUUUAUGUGUACCUUCUGGGCCCCCCUUUUCACCUGUGGUUCUGCAAAGUGGUAUAGGUUGGUUUGGAAAUUGCUGAGCAAAUUAACUUUUGGGGGGGGGUCUGGAUGGCAUUUUUUGUGGUGAAUAAAAUGCAGGUGAAAAAAUUUGUAACACUUAUUUUCCCUUUUUAUAUUUUCUUUCACAUAUGAUAUCCAUUUCUGCUGAUGGGAAUUUGAUA